AUGGAGAGCAGGAAAGGCGAAUCUUCUAACAUGGGAUACAAGUUCGCCGGAGUUAGCAUUGACGACGGAAAAUCUAAGCCGGUGAUAUCCACCGGGAGAGACAUGAUUAAGUUUGUGUUGUUGGUCACAACCGUGACACUUUCUUGCCUAUUGUUCUACACAUCUGCAAAUAAUCCACUCAACAUGGUGUUUCCAUGGAAGACCGAUUGUUAUUCUUCAAAAACCAUUAACGAGACUUCCUUAGAAACGGUGCAAAAGAGAGAACCGGUUUCAGAACUAGAGAGAGUACUGAUGAAUGCUGCUAUGGAGGAUAAGACAGUGAUCAUCACAGCGUUGAACCAAGCAUGGGCCAAACCAAACUCAACUUUCGACGUGUUUCGAGAGAGUUUUAAAGCCGGAAUAGAAACAGAGAGGCUAUUGAAACACGUCAUCGCGGUUUGCUUGGAUCAACAUGCAUACGAUCGGUGCAUAGAGGUUCACCCCCAUUGCUACUUGAUCAAUGCAACAGAUUCAGACCAGCUCUCUGGUCCAAACCGGUUUAUGACGCCUGGUUAUUUGAAACUCAUUUGGCGGCGAAUGGAUCUUCUUAGGGAAGUUCUUGGAUUAGGAUACAACUUCAUCUUCACGGAUGCAGAUAUCUUGUGGCUUCGAGAUCCAUUUCCCCGGUUCUUCCCAGACGCUGACUUUCAGAUAACGUGCGACGACUACAACGGAAAGCCAUCAGACAAGAAUAACCACGUGAACUCGGGAUUCACAUACGUCAAAGCAAACAACAAAACGUUAAGUUUUUACAAGUACUGGAUCAGAUCGAGUCGAAAGUUCCCUGGAAAACACGAUCAAGAUGUGUUCAACCUCAUAAAAAACAAACAGUUCGUCGUGAAACUUGGAAUCAAGAUUAGGUUCUUUGACACGGUUUACUUUGGAGGGUUUUGCCAGCCGAGCAGGGACAUCAACGUGGUCAAUACAAUGCAUGCUAAUUGUUGUAUUGGUUUGGACAACAAAGUGAAUAACCUAAAGGCUGCUCUUGAAGACUGGAAACGAUAUGUAUCGUUGAAUACGACCCUGUCCGAGACUAAAUGGAAUAUUCCACCAAAGUUGGUAUCUACCGGAAGAGACAUGGUUAAAGUCGUGUUGCUGGUCACGACCGUGACACUUUCUUGCCUAUUGUUCAUCAAAUCUGUAAAUAAUCCACUCAACACGGUGUCUCUAUGGAAGACCGAUUGUUAUUCUUCAAAAACCAUUAACGAGACCUCCUUAGAAACGGUGCAAAAGAAGGAACCGGUUUCAGAAUUAGAGAGAGUACUGAAUAAUGCGGCCAUGGAGGAUAAUACAGUGAUCAUCACAGCGUUAAACCAAGCAUGGGCGAAACCAAACUCAAGUUUCGACGUGUUUCUAGAGAGUUUUAAAGCCGGUAUAGGAACAGAGAGACUACUGAAACACGUGAUCGCGGUUUGCUUGGAUAAACAUGCAUACGAUCGGUGCCUAGAGGUUCAUCCUCAUUGCUACUUGAUUAACUCCACAGAUUCAGACCAACUCUCCGGUCCAAACGGGUUUAUGUCGCCUGGUUACUUGAAACUCAUUUGGCGGCGAAUGGAUCUUCUUAGAAAUGUUCUUCGAUUAGGAUACAACUUCAUCUUCACGGAUGCAGAUAUUUUAUGGCUUCGAGAUCCCUUUCCCCGGUUCUUCCCAGACGCCGACUUUCAGAUAUCAUGCGAUUAUUACAAUGGAAGGCCAACAGACAAGAAUAAUCUCGUGAAUUCCGGAUUCACAUACGUCAAAGCAAACAACAAGACGUUAAAAUUCUACAAAUUUUGGAUCAAAUCAAGUCAAAAGUUCCCCGGAAAACACGAUCAAGAUGUGUUCAACCAAAUAAAAGCCGGCCAGUUCGCCAUGAAACUUGGAAUCAGCAUUAGGUACUUGGACACGGUUUACUUUGGAGGGUUUUGCCAGCCGAGCCGGGACAUUAACGUGGUCAAUACAAUGCAUUCUAAUUGCUGUCUUGGUUUGGACAGAAAAGUAAUUAAUCUAAAGGCUGCUCUUGAAGAUUGGAAACAAUAUGUAUUGUUGAAUACGACCGUGUCCGAGACUAAAUGGAAUAUUCCACCAAGGUGUGGUUUUUAA